AACAUGAAGACAAGUACCGUGCUCCUCCUCAUGGCGCUGGCUGCGUCGGCGUCGGCGACGCUCCGUGGUGCCUCGUACAUGCUCAUUGAGGAGAACGACGCGCCCGUGUUCCUCGAGCAGUAUGAAGCGUACGAAGCGACGCACAAGCAUCCGAGCAAGAAGCCCGCGGCGUCGUACAGCAAGCCAUCGACCAAGCCGCAUGGGAAUUCGAAGCCGUCGACGGAGCACACGCAGAAAGAACCCUACAUCCUUGUGUCCGAGGACAUGAACUACGCCGACAUCGGUCGCGCGGUGCUUGACGCCAUGCGCGACGACGCGGCAGCCUACCCGCCUCCGUCCCAGUCGUACGACCAGCCACCGGCCUCCAAACCGUCGUACCAGCAGCCGCCGCCGUCGUACCAGCAACCGCCGCCGAAGAAGAAGCAUUCGUACCAGCGCCCGUCGUCGUACAAGAAGCCGCCACCGACAUACUUGAAGCCGUCCUCGCCGUACCUAAAGGUGUCGGCGUCGUACAACCAACCGAAGUCGUCGUCUGAUGUGGAGCCUCGUCCGUCCCAUGACGGUCCCAACAAGGCACCCAAGGGCAAGUACGUUAUCCUCGUCGACGAUUCCACGUACGACGAUGUGGCAGACGACGGCGACGUGUUUCUUGACAUGGUGGACGCUGAAGCUGACAUGGACGCCCACAAGAAGAAGAAGAACAAAACCAAGAAGACGACCAAGUACAACCUCAUGGACGUUCGCUUCGUGGCUUUGGCCGACGUCGACGGUGUCACGGAGCGCGAUCUCGCGAGUAACACGGUCAUGGACGACGGCGACUAUCUGAUUGCGCUCAACCAGCACGCCGCCGACGACGACGACGCCGUGUUUCUCGCAGACGACACGCCAGCCGUCGGUGUCCCUAACCCCGGCUUCAAGACGGAGAAGAAGAAGACUAACUUCUUUGGCAACGACAAGACGCUGUUGACGGACGAGACGCUUGAUGACGUUAUCCGCGACGCCGAGAGCGUUUUCAUUGCGGACCGGAAGCGCGUGCCGCAGCACUACCACUUUAAGAAGGCGCGCGUCCUGGGCGCAGUCGACGACGGUGGCGACGACGACACGAGUGGUUUAAACAUCAUGGACCGGCGGCCGACGCACUUGUUGACGCCGUCGUCGGGCAGUGCGUUCAACAAGAACUCGGGUGUGCAGACGUUCUUCUUGCGCUCCGUGCCCGAAGACGACGUCAACGACGACGAGGUCAACGGCGGCGGCGACGACGACGACGAUACCAGUUACAUUCUCACGAAUCCGUGGGAAGACACUGGCAACUAAGCACAUCGUUGCCACAGUGCUUUUUCUAUUCACACAAAAAUUUAGUUGCUUUUGAAUUGUAUUGACCGUUU